AAAUAAAAUAAAUAAAAACCUACCAGACCGAAGUGCUGUUGGUAGCUCACCCGCGGGUGAUAUGUAUAUCUCAUCCGUCGUCAUCUCCACUAUCCUUUCAUUUCGCUUCCUCUGCCUUUUUCAAAUUUACAAUUGCAACAUCAAAUUCCCACAUAUUAGGAAUUUCCAGCGUCUUCUCUGACUGUUCAUGGCUUCUUUGAACGUUUCUUCUCCUUCUUCAACUGCAUCACUUUCUCGUCCUCGGGCAUCAAAAAGCUUCCAAUCCUUUAAUGAACUACACAGAAAAAAUCUAGUCUUCGCAAAUGGCUACGCAUCCGGUUUAGCCUUUGUGCGUUUCGGUGGUAGAUUGUCGUCCGUUAUUAAAAGUGUUGGCAAAACUAGAGCUGCAGUUCAAUCGGGAGAAGGCAAAAAUGUUGUCUCCACAAAUGAUGCUGUUUCUAUAAAUAACGGUUUUCCCGUUGAUAACGAUGAAUUCAAUUUGGACCGCGCGACUGAAGGUUUUGCUUCCAUUCCUGAGGCAAUCGAGGAUAUUCGCCAAGGGAAGAUGGUAGUGGUUGUAGACGAUGAGGAUAGAGAAAACGAAGGAGAUCUUAUAAUGGCAGCACAGUUGGUGACACCUGAAGCUAUGGCAUUUAUCGUGAAGCAUGGAACCGGGAUAGUUUGUGUGAGCAUGAAAGAGGAGGAUCUAGAGAGGUUGAAUCUUCCUUUAAUGGUGAACCAAAGGGAAAAUGAAGAGAAACUCUGUACUGCAUUCACGGUUACGGUGGAUGCAAAACAUGGCACUACAACUGGUGUGUCAGCACAUGAUAGAGCAACGACGAUAUUGGCCCUAGCUUCUAAAGAUUCCAAACCCGAGGAUUUCAACCGCCCAGGUCACAUUUUCCCACUGAAGUACAGAGAAGGUGGUGUUCUAAAAAGAGCUGGUCAUACCGAAGCUUCAGUUGAUCUUGCAAUGCUAGCCGGACUGGACCCUGUUGCGAUUCUCUGUGAGAUCGUAGAUGAUGAUGGAUCCAUGGCUCGAUUGCCGAAGCUUCGUCAAUUUGCUGAACGGGAGAACUUGAAAAUUGUAUCCAUUGCUGAUUUAAUUAGGUAUCGGAGAAAGAGGGAUAAAUUAGUCGAUCAUGCCGGUGAUGCGCUGAUACCGACAAUGUGGGGGCCAUUCACUGCUUAUUGUUACAGGUCACAAAUAGAUGGGAUUGAGCAUAUUGCAAUGGUUAAGGGUGAGAUCGGAGAUGGACAAGAUAUUCUCGUGAGGGUUCACUCUGAAUGCCUCACGGGAGACAUAUUUGGAUCAGCUAGAUGUGACUGUGGGAAUCAGCUUAGCCUUGCAAUGAGGCAGAUUGAGGAGGCUGGUCGGGGUGUUUUAGUAUACCUGCGGGGACAUGAAGGCAGGGGCAUUGGUUUAGGCCACAAGCUUCGUGCCUAUACUUUGCAGGAUGCUGGUCGUGAUACAGUAGAAGCAAAUGUUGAGCUUGGGUUGCCUGUUGAUUCUAGAGAAUACGGCAUUGGUGCACAGAUACUUAGGGAUCUGGGUGUGCGAACAAUGAAGCUUAUGACGAACAAUCCUGCUAAAUACAGUGGACUUAAGGGUUACGGAUUAGCAAUUGCAGGUCGGGUUCCACUACUAUCACCUAUUACAAAGGACAACAAGCGGUACUUGGCGACCAAACGAGCUAAAAUGGGCCAUGUAUACGACUUCACUAGCAGUAUGAAUAGUGUUAUCAUUGGCGGCAAUGGUAACACAACUUCGGCAGUGGAUGCUGUGUCUGAAUCUUAGGAUCCAGUCACUUCCGACUUGGCUUUCAAUGCUGGUAACAUUCCGACAUGAUCACCUUAUUACAUGAUAAUUGUAUGAAUAGGACAUCAUGUAUGAAAUUGGUUAAAAAUGCAAAGAUUUAUGCUUAACAUUUAAUAUUAAAAUUUAUGCAAUUUCUUAUUUAAUAUUGGGGAUGAA